ACUUCACUGAUAGUUGUAGAAGUACUUCUUGUAGCCAUCAGCCUUUUAUUGAGGUAACCACACAAGCUUGGCCACCUACCUGGUAACACAAAUUAAACCCUGUGUUCUUCGGAUUGCGACUCUCAUCAGUGACAUCCAGUCAGCAUGGAGGAUUCGUCCGAGCAGUCCCAUUGGGUGUCCUCAUCCCUGCUCACCUCAGAUCCUCUGGCCACUUUCUCCUCUGAGCCCGGCCUGCUGCCUCCAGGAGAAGAUGGAGAGGCCUUCUUCUCCAUCCAGGACACAGACUACGCCAGCCUGCCCUCCUUCUUUACCAACCCCAGCCACAGCCGAGCACCAUCCACCUAUAGACACAGCUCAGUUCGCCAGGUGUUCAGCUCGCCGAGCCUUCUCAGCAACUUCCAGCUGCUUGAUGGCUCAGGGAGCCACUCGCUGAGCUCGCCGUACAAUACCCCAUCCUCCACCUGGAGCAGCAACCCCCUCACCAAGACCACGCUUCACUCACACACCCCAACCUCUCUAUACACCCCCUGUGUUACCUCCUCCUUCACAACCCCCAGAGAUGGAUACUCAUCUCCAAACAGAGAGAGUCCCAGGCUCCAGGAGGCCCUGAAGGCUGAACGCCUGAGCCCGCUAGGAGGAUCGGGGUCCGGCAGCAGUUUUUUGAAUUUGACUCCUGCUGGUGGAAGUGUGUACAGCUCCUCGUCCAACGUCCACCCACACAUGCUGAGCCCCUACAGCUCAUACAUGACAGGUCCACAAGAGUACAACUCUGCCACCCUCUACUCCAGCCCUGGGGCAUGGAUCAGCCCUUCAUACUCCCCCAAGCUCCACAAUAAAAUGAGGAUAUCCACUCCAGGUGGGGAUUGUAUUUACCCAGAGGCCAGAGAGUGUGUUAAUUGUGGAGCCACAGCCACCCCUUUAUGGCGUCGGGAUGGUACAGGUCACUACCUGUGUAACGCCUGUGGACUGUACCACAAAAUGAACGGCCAAAACAGACCUCUCAUCCGACCCAAGAAGAGACUGAUUGUCAGCAAGCGGGCGGGCACACUGUGUGCCAACUGUCACACAAGCACAACAACACUGUGGAGACGCAAUGCCAAUGGAGAACCUGUGUGCAAUGCUUGUGGACUCUACUUUAAACUGCACAAUGUUAACCGACCCCUCACCAUGAAGAAGGACGGCAUUCAAACACGUAAUAGAAAAGUGUCCAACAAGAACAAGAAGAGCAAGAAGGCAGCCAUGUUUGAAACGUACUCCGACAUGAAUCAGCCGCCUUCCCUGGAUGGGGGCCCCUUUUCCCUCGGACCCGGGACUCUCCUCACCUACAGCCACACACCUCACCUCAUCUCAGCACCAUCAUCCCUACAUCCCUCUGCCUCUUUAUCCUACACACACCACCUCAACACUGGCAUGGUACCCACACUGGUGUGAAUCAACCAAACAGGCCCCUGAAAGCUGUUUAUGUUUGGGUAUCAGCAGGCCUGCUUGCUUUACAGUUAUUUUUGUGAAGUUGUAUAUAUGUGUUUUUGCACUGAGUAAUGUGAUUAUGUUUUGUUUUUAUGAUCACUAUGUUUAAGGGGAAACACAAAAUCUGUAGAUGUGCUUGUUUAAUGUCAGAAAGAAAAUGGUCUCAGCUGUAAAUACAAACAAAUAUCUGAUUUCACUUCCAUCCAAGUCUCAAUCUUUCUUCUAUCAUUCAUAAUGUGACAUUAUACUUUGUUUUUGUGCUACACAGAUCUCUUUUGUAUUUGAGAAGUUAUUGUUACCAUUUUAAAUCUCAAUCAAGAAAACAAUAAAAAUGUUUGACGUAU